ACGGGAAGUGGGCGGGGCCGGCCGGAGAGGCUCGCUGGGCGCGGAGCGGCGGGUUGGCUGGUGAGGCUCGCUGGGACCCGGGGGUGAGCAAACCCGGGGCCGGGCUCAGGACGCCGACUGGGCCGGAGCGGGAGUCAGAGUGAAGACUGACGCGAGCCUCUCAUCCGAGCUGUGAGCCCCUGGGAUGCUUUGGGCAUGGCCUCUGGAGCCCCACAGAACAGCCAGAUGGCUUGUGACACAGAGGAUCCCCAGGGCUUCCUGGACGCACUCCUGCAAGACUUCCCAGCCCCACUGAGCCCGGAGAGCUCUGUGCCAUGGAAGGCCCCGGGGACAGUGUUCAGCCAGGACGAGGUGGAGGCUGAGCUGGCUGAGCUGGCAAUGGGCUUCCUGGGCAGCAGGAAUGCCCCACUGCCGCUUGCUGCAUCCCUGGCCCACACGGCAGUUUCCCGGCUGCUACAAACGGACCUUUCUGAAUUCAGGAAGUUGCCCGGGGAGGAGGAGGAACAGGAGGAGGGGGAGCAGGCUCCUGUGACCCUCCUGGAUGCCCAAGGCCUGGCACAGCGUUUCUUUAACCUGCUCUGGGAAGUUACCAGCCAGUGGCAGAAGGAGGUGCCACCUGCCGCCAGGACCCUGCAGCGGCAGUGGCUGGUCUCCAUCCACGCCAUCCGGAACACUCGCCGCAAGAUGGAGGACCGGCACGUGGCCCUCCCUGCCUUCAACCAGCUCUUUGGCUUGUCUGACCCUGUGGACCGUGCCUUCUUCGCUGUGUUUGACGGUCAUGGAGGGGUGGACGCGGCACGUUAUGCCGCUGUCCACGUGCACGCCAACGCUGCCCGCCAGCCGGAGCUGCCCACAAACCCCGCAAGAGCCCUCAGAGAAGCCUUCCGACACACUGACCAGAUGUUCCUCAGGAAAGCCAAGCGCGAGCGGCUGCAGAGUGGCACCACGGGGGUAUGUGUGCUUAUCGUGGGAACAACCCUACACGUCGCCUGGCUGGGGGACUCCCAGGUUGUCCUGGUGCAGCAGGGACAGGUGGUGACGCUGAUGGAGCCACACAGGCCAGAGCGGCAGGACGAGAAGGAGCGUAUCGAAGCCCUGGGUGGCUUUGUGUCUCACAUGGACUGCUGGAGAGUCAACGGGACCCUGGCCGUCUCCAGAGCCAUCGGGGACGUCUUCCAGAAGCCUUACGUGUCUGGGGAGGCAGACGUGGCGUCCCGGGAGCUGGCAGGCUCUGAGGACUACCUGCUGCUCGCCUGUGACGGCUUCUUCGAUGUUGUCCCUCUCCAGGAAGUUGUGGGCCUCGUCCAGGGCCACCUGGUGAGGCAGCAGGGCAGUGGCCUCCACGUUGCUGCGGAGCUGGUGACUGAGGCCCGGGAGCGGGGCUCCCACGACAACAUCACAGUCAUGGUGGUCUUCCUCAGAGACCCCCGAGAGCUGUUGGAGGGCGGGGGCCGAGGGGCAGGGGACUCCCAGGCAGACAGGAGGAGCCGCGACUUGCCCUCUGGCCUCUCGGAGCCUGAGACCCACGCUCCACAGAGAGGCUAGGUGGUCCAGGCCCUGCCUGGCCCCUUCUCCUGCCCUGGCGACUCUCUUCCUCAGGGUCCUCAGGGCGGUGGCCGGCAGUGGGCAGGGGUGGCACCAUACACAGCGCUUUCCCCAGCACCCAGGAGCUGCUCAAGGUGCUAGCCGCUGCCCACCCGGUGGCUGUGGAACAGCACUGGCAGAAGGAAGCUAAGGGAGACCUCACCAAAGAGAGGGUGGCCCAGGAGCGUCCUGGCUUCUGCUCCUGGUCCCACUGGGCCAAGGGUGGGACCAGAGGCCAUAGGCACCCGUGGGAGCCAAACCAAAGACACUGGUGUGUGGUGGAGUGACGCAGUCCUAUAGGGGUGGAACCUUUGGGCAGACCCAGAAGCCACAGGGGUUGGGCCCAGUGCUCUCAUCCUGGUGGCCACACUGGCUUCCCCAUGGGGAGAGGCAGCCCUGUGGAGAAGAGAGUGGGGAGCACCAGGGGUCCGGUCCGCAGUGGCCACCCCUGCUGCACGGGCCAGGCUGUCUGGGCCGCUCUCUUUUCCCUCGAGCACCCUGGGAAAAGAAGCUCAGAAUGACACACACGUGUCUUUGGUGUGUUUGGGGUUUUUUCCAGGGAAAAGUCUAAUUCAGAAGCAGUGUUUCAGGUUUUAUCAGUGCCAAGGUGACCCGUUGUGUCAUAUAAUUUAAGCAGAGCUUAGUGUUUAUUUUAUUCCUUAGAAAACUUAAGUAUUUACUUUUUUUAUAACUAUUUUUUGAGAAAACUUUUUUUGCAGUAUUAUUGAAUUUAUUUUCAAAAUCAGGAUUGGAAUAGGAACUUUUCCAGGUGGUGUUAAGCCAUUCAAGUGCCUUAAACAGCUUUAGAACCAAGCUAGAACUGCUGUGCCCGUGAUAGAUUCUGAUAGACGUGUUCAAGUUUUUACAAAAGCAGGAUUUGUUUUCUUGGGCAAGCAUGAUUUUGGCUAGAAUCUUUGUGGAAGAGUCCUUUCUGCCUCGUGAUUCGGAGUGCCCCAGGAGCUUCCCUGAGGGAUCUAUGACUGCUUCAGGGCAGUGCCUGGGCCUGACUGCAGGACUCCAGGCAACCAGGGUGACCGUUACCCAUACACCUCCACACCCACCCCCAUGGCCCAGGCUGGAGCUCAGGCAGUCUCUGGCUGGAGCCCAGACAGCAGGACCUUGCUGAUGUUUGACUGGAAGGCCCUGAAUGUCUUGCGACUUUGUAAUCAUGCUGGUCUCAUGGGGAAGGACAAUUAAGAGGCUCUGGCCCAGAGGCAGCCUUUGAGCGUCUGGCUUAGAAGCAGUGGGGGUGCUGCUGGGAGUCCAAUGGCACAGGCCACAGCUCCUGUCUCAGCCCCAGGGCUGGCGGCCUCCCCUGCCUUGCUCUGCCCUGUGACCUGAACAGCCGUGGGAGAGCUCCCCAUUCUUGGCACCCCCUGGAGAAGUUGGGCUCCCAAGUGACCACACUUGGGUGCUUUGGGGAGCUCACAUAGCAUGUGCAGAGCCCAGAGUAAUAGGGCUGGAUGAGGGUGCCAGGCAGAAGACAGGGACAUGGGUCAGCAGGCUCAGGAAGCCCCCAGAGAACAGCUUCAGGAGGGCUGAGCCUCAGCCAGGGCUGCUUCAGGCAGUGGCCAGUGGGUCCAGGCAGGGUCAUAGGUGACUCAGCCAGGACUUCUGGGGGAGGGGUAAAAAGGGGGAAGAAGCUUGAUCCCUGCACUGGUUCUCAACCUUCCUAAUGUGUGACCCUUUAAUACAGUUAAAAGGGGUCAUGACCCACAGGCUGAGAACUGCUGCUCUAGAGUGUUCAGAGCCCACCUGCAGACAGUUGGGCCCCAGGAAGGAGUGUCUUGGCCCUGCUCUCAGCUUUAUAGAGGGACAGGAGCCCACCCCACCUACAGCAAGUCCAGCAGAGGAGCCAGCCUUGCUAGGGCCUAUCACCUGGAUGCCCAGCCUUCCCCUCAUUCCCCCAGCGUGAAGGGCUUGAGACCAUGCAGUCAGUGCCAGGCCCAAGGUUUGAUAAAAAGCAUCUUAAACAUAGUCAUUCAGAGAACGAGCAGUUGGCCACCAGCAAGGACCAGGUAUUGCUCAGCUUAACUCGAAGGCCCGCUGCCUCUGGGGGGCCUCAGCACAGACUGCCAGUCCGUCCUGCCUGCAGCAUGACCUUGGGAGGGAGGGAGCUAUGGGUUUCUGUUUUUCUCUUUUCUUUGCUCAUCUUACUCUGUCCAUGGCUGCCAAAAGUGGAGCUUCGCCCUGCGGAGGUCUGGGUCACAUUUGGUGGUGUGAGUCAUACCCUGGCCGGGGGCUCCCCCAGGAAGUCUCCCUAAGCUUAUACAAGCACCUCCUCCAACCUUUGAGCCCCACUAUGAUGGGGAUGGCCAAGCCCCUGCCUGGCAGAGGUCUGGUAGCCAGUAUUGGGGCUGCCCUGCCCCCAUCCCCCCACCCCAUGCAGGGGCUGUCCUUGUGCCAGCACUUAGGCACAGAGAAGGGCUCCUCCAUCUUGACUGGAGUUGGGCUGGGAGUCAGCAGGCGUUUUCAGCCUCCAAGACUCCUGGGUCUUCUCAUUUUAUGGCUA